AUGUGUGCUGGGGCAGGUGCGGGUGCGUGUGUGUGCUCCUGCUCUGUUCUCCUGCUAAGGUUCCUACCUAGGUGCUUAGGUAGACAGGAGGAAGGGAAGGUACGGAAGGUAAGGUACGAAGCUGAGGUACUGAUUAAGCAUACCGGGGUACCUGCUCUUGCAGCUGCUGCACAGCGGAAAUCGCUGUACACCCACUCACUCCACACGUUGUAUCUUUCCUUACAUCGGCCUUCCCUGCCGUCCCUGCCUUCUCGUGUCCACUCCCUCCCAGCUCCCCUUCGCUCUUUCCCGCGCCUUGCCUUUUUUUUUUCCUCUUCCCUCUGGGCUCCUUCCACACUCACCUCCAUUCUCCCACUGCCAGACGAGCAGGGCAGGGAAGGUGCUGUAUCCGUUCAUCCACCUUCGUCCAGAAAUGGUACGUAA